AUGGGUCUAUCUACGGCACGCAAACUACUCGUUGUUCUCCUGGUUACUGCGUUCUUCUUCUCCGGGAGUGCUGAAGCCUGGAGCUGGAGUUGGGGUUCCGGCCAGUCCGGUUCCAACGGGGGUUGGGGAUGGAGCUCCGGUAACUCUGGCGGCGGUUCUUCUGGCUCGGCUUCUGGUGGUUCAGAAGACUCUAACUCGGGUGGUUCAAGCUGGGGUUGGGGAUGGAGCUCCGGUAACUCUGGCGGCGGUUCUUCUGGCUCGGCUUCUGGUGGUUCAGAAGACUCUAACUCGGGUGGUUCAAGCUGGGGUUGGGGAUGGAACUCAGACGGAACAGAUAUUGACUGGGGUUGGGGGAGCAGCUCUGGCUCAAACCAUUCUAGCGGUACUGGAUCUACACGCAAAAGUCACAGCCCUGGCCAAAAUCACUCAAGCGGCACUAGCCCUACACACAACAACCAUAGUUCGGGCUCAAACCACUCAAGCAUCGUUGGUUCUACACAAAACAACCAUAGCUCCGGCUCAAACCACUCGAGCAUCGUUGGUUCUACACACAACAACCACAGCUCUGGCUCAAACCACUCAAGCAUCAACGGCUCCACACACAACAACCACAGCUCCGGCUCAAACCACUCAAGCAUCACCGGUUCUACACACAACCACACGACUCCAAUCAGAAGGGGGAGAAAGAUUGCGGUUACUGUGUGGAAAAACGGAUAUGGUUACACAGAAUGGGCUACAAAGCAUGCCCCUUUCUACGUCAACGAUAUUCUUGUUUUCACGUACAACAACAACAAUGAUCAAACCCAAUCCAAGACGAAGAAGCACCAGAGCAACAAGAACGACGUCUACUUGCUCCCAGACAUGAAGAGUUUCAAGAGGUGCGAUGUGGCCAGAGGCAAGAAGUUGGCCGCACGAGGAGGUUCAUCAUGGGGCUUCAAGUUGCUUCUGCGUAGGGUUCAGACUUACUACUUCGUCAGUGGAGACCACAACGGCUGCAACCAGAACAUGAAGUUCUCUGUCCACUCGAUUCCAGACCCUUCUUCUCAUUAAUUAUGUAGAUCCACUUGUUCUUUCCUUUUCUUUGAAGUUUAAACUUUGAGUGGGUGUAUUCUAUUUCAGAUAAAGCUCUGAAGAAGAGUUUCAAUAAUAAAUGCAAAAGUA